AUGUGCCUCUUCGAACACUACAUCUACAAGUGCGCCGGCGACCAGUGCCAUAACGAGGACUGCUACAAGCCGCUAUGCGACAAGACACACUGUUACGAACAGACUACGACUAAAGACGACGGCAUGUACACCCCAUGCUUUUUGAGGAGCAGUGUUUGGAUUAGAUCGAAAUGCGACCCACCCAAGGAGAGAUGUUCUACACCAAAAGGGUGGGCUACUGCAACGGCUGCAAGACGAGGCUCGGGAUCUCUUAGGACGAAAGGUAGGUGGUUGACGAAGCGCCGAGCUUUCGUCAUACACAUGUUGCAUGCGAAGGCUGAAUGA